CGGGGUGUGUGUGUGACUGUCCAUGGGAUGCCGGGGCGCAGGGAUAAGCACUGUAAUAAAUGAGGAGCUGGUGCCUAAGCGAAGAGCGGGCUUUAAAGGGACAGAGACAGGAACCCGGGGACCUCGCCCUGCUUCAGGCUGUGCCCAGGGCUGAAACUGGAGUGCUCUCAGCAAUGUGAUAUGCACUAGGAAUGGAUUUCACGCUGGUGGCUGCCUCCCUCCCCAUUCUGCAGUUACAACUGAACCGGGGCGUGGGCUCUAAAAGCAAAUAAGGAAUCAGCGGGAUGCCCCCAUCUGUCUCUGGGGCGGGCCUUUAAACGCGUCCAGCUGGUUUCUCCUGGGGGAGAGUUUAUCCCGUUUUGCGUUUCCUCUGGGAUGGCUCUGGUGUAAACCCGGCUCGCUGCCGCUGCAGAGCGUUAGCCGGCCGGCCGCUCUGACCCUUGCCAGGACACUCCAGCUGGGACGAUCUAUCCAGGGCAGGGCUGCGAGGUGUGAGCCUGCUAGGGGGGGUGUCUUGCCGGCGUGGUCUACAGCCCCUAUGCCUGCACCAUCUCAGCUCAUUUUCUCUAAGCAAUACAACUUCACGGACAGCUACCUAGCCAGCCCUACGCUCCCAUCAUGGACCUACCAGGCUGUGUGCCGCCCGUCCUGUGAGGACGCCUCCUUGCCCUGCCCGGAGGAGGAGGACUCGGCUCUAGUCCCAAGCCAGCUGCCCCGGAGAGAGAGCGGGGGAGGAAACAGGCGCAGCCUCCCCUCCCUACCCUCUUGCGCCCUGAUGCCGGCGCCUAGCGGGAGCAGCUGCUGGCCCCUGCCGAAGAUGCCGGGGCUAGGGCGGCGGGGGGCGCUGCCGGAGCCCGCGGGCUGCUGCUACUGCCUGGCGGCGGCGCUGGCCCUGCUGCUGCUGCUUCUGCCCGCCGGCUGCCCGGUGCGUGCGCAGAACGACACAGAGCCCAUCGUGCUGGAGGGCAAGUGCCUGGUGGUUUGCGACUCCAGCCCGUCGGCGGACGGGGCCAUCACCUCCUCCUUGGGGAUCUCGGUGCGCUCGGGCAGCGCCAAGGUGGCCUUCUCGGCCACCAGGAGCACCAACCACGAGCCAUCGGAGAUGAGCAACCGCACCAUGACCAUCUACUUCGACCAGGUAUUAGUUAAUAUUGGCAACCAUUUUGAUCUUGCUUCCAGUAUAUUUGUAGCACCAAGAAAAGGGAUUUAUAGUUUCAGUUUCCACGUGGUCAAGGUCUAUAACAGACAAACUAUCCAGGUAAGUUUAAUGCAAAACGGCUACCCAGUGAUUUCAGCUUUUGCAGGGGAUCAGGAUGUCACCAGAGAAGCAGCCAGCAAUGGAGUCUUGCUCCACAUGGAGAGAGAAGAUAAAGUGCAUCUCAAACUGGAAAGGGGUAACCUCAUGGGAGGGUGGAAAUACUCAACCUUUUCUGGCUUCUUAGUCUUUCCACUAUAAAGGAAGACCAGAUAGGAGCCAGAUUCUUGAGCUAGAACAAGGAUUGAGUCGUUAAUGACACCCUGAACUUGGCAGAACAUGAUGAUAUUUCCAACCACG